AGAAUCUCGCGCGUAGGGAGGGAGGGGGUACCCAGCGCGAGACCCAGGGACAGCUCGAGAGGGACGGAGCCAGCGCGAGAUUCCGUGGUCAGCGCGAGGCAGAGGUGCGGACCUGAGGCAACCCAAGUGUUCCCCCGGUCUCGAGGUGAGCGAGGCCCCCCGCUGUCCCCCGAGAGUAGGCGCUGGGCCCCCCUUCACCUCCCCCAGUUUUCGUGAGAGUACCGGCCCCUUGCCUGAGUGACAAGCCUCGUCGGCCAAUCGGUACACCGAGCAUCUUGGAGUGAUGGGCGCCGCAACCAACAGCGUCCGGGAAUGCUUUGCCCAGCUAUAUGAAAUAUGGGAGACGACAGGCCGUUUGUGUGCAAUGCCCCCGGCUGUGGACAGAGGUUUACAAACGAGGACCACCUGGCGGUUCAUAAACACAAGCAUGAGAUGACAUUGAAAUUUGGUCCUUCUAGAACCGAUUCAGUCAUCAUAGCAGAUCAGACUCCAACUCCAACCCGUUUUUUGAAGAACUGUGAGGAGGUGGGGCUCUUCAAUGAAUUGGCCAGUUCCUUUGAGCAUGAGUUUAAGAAAGCCACAGAGGAUGAUGAGAAAAAGAAUGCUGGACCUCUGGACAUGUCUCUGCCCUCAACCCCAGACAUUAAAAUAAAAGAGGAGGAGCCAGUUGAGGUGGAUUCUUCCCCUCCAGAUAGUCCUGUAUCGAGUCCGCAAUCCCCACAGAUCACAGAGAAGGAGAUUACUUCAAAGCCUGUUAUAAUUUCUACUCCUACUCCAACCAUCAUGCGUCCAGGGUCACUGCCACUACAUUUGGGAUAUGACCCGCUACAACCCACUCUUCCCUCCCCUACCUCUGUCAUCACCCAGGCUCCACCUUCCAACAGACAGCUUGGGUCUCCCACGGGCUCCCUCCCACUUGUCAUGCACCUUGCGAACGGACAGACCAUGCCCGUCCUCCCUGGCCCUCCUGUACAGAUGCCUUCUGUUAUAUCGCUGGCUAGGCCAGUGUCCAUGGUGCCCAACAUUCCUGGUAUUCCUGGUCCACCCAUCAACAGCAGUGGUUCCAUUUCACCAUCAGGCCUUCCAAUGCACUCUGAGGCUAAAAUGAGACUGAAGGCCAGCCUGACGCACCAGGUUUCUUCCUCACUGAAUGGCAGCAGCAUGGUUGUGGGGUCAGCAAGCACGAUGGUGACCUCACGUCCAGAGCAGGGUCAGAUACUUCUCCAGCACCCAGAUGCACCUUCUCCAGCUCAGCCACAGGUUUCCCCUGCUCAGCCCACACCUAGCACCGGUGGCCGGCGGAGACGCACGAUGGAUGAAGACCCGGAUGAGCGCAGGCAACGUUUCCUCGAGCGGAACCGUGCUGCAGCCUCUCGUUGCCGUCAGAAACGCAAGCUGUGGGUGUCUUCCCUGGAAAAGAAAGCAGAGGAGCUCACGACACAGAACAUCCAACUGAGUAAUGAAGUUACACUACUGAGGAAUGAAGUUGCUCAACUUAAACAGCUACUGUUGGCUCACAAGGACUGCCCAGUCACUGCAUUACAGAAAAAAACACAGGGGUAUCUUGAAAGCCCAAAGGAGAGCUCUGAGCCUACCGGUUCCCCUGCUCCUGUCAUCCAGCACAGCUCCGUGACAGCGUCCCCCAACGAGCUAAACGUCCGCUCUGCAGCUGAAGCUGUUGCCACUUCGGUCCUCACUCAGAUGGCAAGUCAAAGGACAGAACUGAGCAUGCCCGUACAGUGGCACGUCAUUAUGGCUCCACAGUCUCAGUCUGCUGGCAGAUGAUGUCACAAACCACGUGACAGAGAACUAACCCAUAAGAACUUGCAGACUGAGAGACUGAUCAUAACUAAGUCCCUGCUUAAUGGGGGCAGAUACAGAUUUUUUUUUUUAAAGUGAGUUAAGGGCAGCUAUGGAAGCUUCUUUAUACUGCAUAUCCUAUACAGAGCCUGGCCCAAAACCUUUGUCACGUGAUCACCUGUCCGUACAGGAUGGCUUCCGAUUGAGGGAUUUCUUGAUCCCUUAGUGAUGGUCAGUCAACUUACAGAAUCAUCAGAUCACAAAGAGCCUCAUUUGAAUGCAUCUUGAAAGGUUCAUUUUCAGGUAUCAGUUACGUUAACACUAAACCUCCCCUGGCUUGUGGUUUCUCUUGGCAUUAUCACUAUUUUAAGUUUCACCUAUUAGCAAAGGAAAGUAGCUGUUGGGAGGCUGUGACGUUUACUUGUGCUGUCACUUUAUUUUUAACAGCAUGCUGCUUCCAAUCAUCUCUUUCCCCACCACUGCUCUAGCUGACCUGCAACGUUGCACCUUGGCACAAGAAUAUUGUCUGAGUUUUCCACUUGGGCUAUUAAGGUUAAAAAGGCUUAGGAUAAUGGGCUUCCUAACUCCAUGGGUUUAACUUCCCUGACACCAAAGCUUUUUGGUUCCGAAGCAAGCCUGGCACCUCUGAUUCACAUGCAAUUAACCAUCAUUAACUGCUGUAACUUGUGGGGUUUUUAAGUAUGUGUUCGCAGUCACCAGUGCAGCAGUAGGAACUGUGGACGUUCCAUAUGCUUCUCUCUUAAUUGACACCAUAGCUGCUAAUAAUGCAGGUACCUUCUUCAGAAAAGGGCCUGCUUAUAAAUCUUCCAUACAACAGUAAAGCAGUACCAAGCUACUGUCUGCCAGGACUGUGUGCAAAGCUGUUCUGUUUGAUGCAUGAAAGGAUGAUCUGGGGCAGAUUGGAUAUAAUGCAAGUCCUGGAAUUAACCGGCUACGAAAUCCACUACCCAUCUCAAUAAGUCAUGAAUUUAAACAAACAAACCCCACAUAUGUCAAAGGAUUGUUUCCCAUACAUUUAACCUGAUGAUCUUAUAAAGUGGUGGCCUUGAACGAAGGGAGGUGGAAGCGUAUCCCACUUGCCCAGUCUUUUACCUCUUUUAAUGGUUUUCUUCUGCUCCUAGUAGUGGUAUAUCUAUUACUUUUCCUCAAGAGCAAACGUAGUACUUCUAGAGCUUCCAGGUUCAUGGGGUAGAUUUAAAAUCAGCCUUGAUAUUUUAAAGGCACUUGGAAUUGUCUGCUUAUUGCCAAAGUGUGUGUGUGUGUGUGUGUGUGUGUGUACACUUUCUUUAGGUUGUCAUUGACCUUUUGCUUGCUGGGUAAUAGUUGUAAUUUUGCAUUUGUAUUUUGGGAGCCGGAAAGGGAUGCUGUGUGAAUUUGUGCUACAGCAAACCCACCAGUCUGUGAAACUCUCAGCACUUCAUCUUUCUUUUCUUCUUUAAAGACGCUUUUACUUCCAUUGAGCUCUUUGACAUCUUCACCCUGAGCUGCCAGACCACCUCAAAUUGCACUUGCCACUUUUGAUCCGAGUUAGUUUGGCUGAGUCAGUAGUUUGGCUUAUCUAGACUUGGAAUAUUUGCUAGGGACAGCAAUACCAAAGCAAAAUCUGAGCAUGUAGAAUUUGACACCCCCCCCACCCUGAUAUAGGGAAGUUCCAUUUAUUGCUUUUCUAAUUAGGGGUCUCUUCUCCCCCUUUUCUCCCUCAUGUUUCUUCAGGCCUCCCUGCCAUAUUCUCUAAUGUAUUUCAUGGUCCUAGUUGUCUCUUAAUACACUGCCAUUGUAUGUUUGUCUCACCCUGUCUCACACAUGCUCACACAAAAUCAUUCCUGAGAUUUUGUGUUUCUUUGCCCUUUUAAUAUUCAAAGACACUGGAGCUAGCAGCUCUUGCUUCUCUGUUCAGAACCUGUGUGUAGUUACUACAAGAGGCAUUCCAGAUCAGGCACUUCAUUUUUUAUUUUAUUUUUUUCUUAAAGCUGUUUAUAUAGAGAAUUUGCAUAUAGGAGAGUGCUUUGAGUAUAACUAUCUCAACAGGGUGUCUGUUUCCUUGAUGACAAAGAGCUAUGCCAUCAGCAGGGUUUUCAGGAUCGUGUGAGUAUAAUGCAACAACCGUGGAAAUGGUUUAUAAAGUCUAACGGCCUGAUUGGACAAGACACAGGGCCUUUAUUUGGCUAAGAAUCCAAGACAGAAAGGGAUCAUGGCCAUGUUGUCAGAGGUCUAAUACGACAGCAGGGAAUCUGUUUGUAACUAUAACUAGUUUAGUCUCUUGCAGACACCACACUGUCUUGUAAAGGAAUAGCUUGCAUAGCUCUGACGGAUUCAUUAGAGUAGCUGGAUUCAUAUGUUUGGCUCAAGAGGCCCAAACAGCUUCUACAUGUUAACUGAUCAUACUCGACUUCCAGCCUGCAGGCUAACAUUAGUGUCUGAAAGCUAGUGGAUGUUUAGCAAGAGGUAGGGGAAGCCCAUUUUAACACCAGCACCAGUGCAUGUUGAGACAGCACCACUGGGUAAAUACUGCCUAUUGAUAGCCUUAACACAUGCAUAAAGCAGCCUUCAAAUACCUUCCAUUGUUAAGAGACUGGCAGCUCAAGAAUACAGCUGCACAAUAGACUGUACAGAAGGGGAUGGGGUGGUAAGUACAGAGCGAGUUGGACAAGUGUGAAAAGGCUUUAACCGAAAGUGAAUUUGCUUUGGUGCUCACAAACCUUAUUAAUUUCCAUGGAUACUUGUACAAGGGACCAUUUUUUUGGUCCGAGGAAAGCAACACGCAUGUGCAUGUAUGUGUUUGCACAGCUAUCUUGGACUCGUUUAUUUCCUUCUUCUUGUUCCUCAAACUCUUAGUCAGGAUUGAAACAAUACCAUGUGAUUUAGGUGACCAGUCACGUUUCUGAUGGGGAAUAAUUAAAGGCAUAGUAGAAUGGAAUAGCUUCCCAGCACCGCAUAAACUGGAGUUAGGGUGACCAGAUGUCCCGAUUUUUAUAGGAACAGUCCUGAUUUUGGGGUCUUUUUCUUAUAUAGGCUCCUAUUACCCUCUGUCCCGUCCUGAUUUUUCACACUUGCUGUCUGGUCACCGUAACUGGAGUGGAUUUGUGUAAUGAGUUUGAAAGCUUCAGAUUGCAAACGGACUUGUAAAAAUCAGUCCAUUGAGCAAAAAUGGACAAUGUUUUUUUUUAAAUGGAUUCUGUUCUAAAUAGCUCACUCUGCUACAGCCACAACUAAGGGUCUGUCUGCCCAGUAGAAGCUGCACAUGGGCUAGCUGAAUCCAGCUACUCAAGACCGCACAGUGCGGGGUUCAGUGCUGGCUAGCAAGCCAGUUAUGUACCCAGGGUCCAUACUGGGCUUCCACUCCCCUGAGCUGCAGCUCGUACCAUGUUGCGUUCACUGCUGCAGUUACCUGUGCUAGCUGGGUUAAAGCUAGCUCAGGUAGACUAGCCCAUGCACAGCUUUUGCUGUGUAGACAGACCGUAAAUCACUGAUCCUUUUCUUCCCAGCACCUGUCUUUGUAAUGGGAGAGGCUUACAAGGUUCAGAAAACAGGGAGAUGCUUGAAGCGAAAAAACUCACCAAGUGUCAGUGUAAUGGACUCUGGUCCCUGCUCGCUACUGGCCCCUUGUGGUCAGUGGUGGUGGUGUAAGAUCCUCCAUCUUCAUCCCUCCUUCCUAGGGCUUCCCUUAAGUUCAAAACAGGCUUUGUAUGGCAAAACAGCCCUUUUUUCAACAGAAAAUGCCCCAAAUAAGAAAAAACCCUGAGGCCUCUGGUCCAAUUCUUGCUCCUUCUUAAAAUG